AUGCAAGGGAGGAGAGUGGUGCAGGAUCCAUUGCCAGUAUCCAUCCCACAUACAGAGUCCCUGAUGCACGUGGACUGUGGAGGGGAACUGAACUCUGAGAUCCCCACACUCAGCUUCCAGCGAGCUAGUGAGGCACCCUGCUGUACCUCCUGGUUCGCGAUCACUCUGUGGCUCUCCAGUGGGAUCACCAUCACUCUGCUGCUUAGAGGACCCCACUGUGGCAGUUGGGACAAGAAGAGGAUUCCUAUGAGUAAGGAGGGAAUGUUGCUGGCUAUCAGGUGGCCAAAAAUCCGUGUGGUUGUGGUAUCACUUAGACUACAAGAAGUGAGCAUGGGAGAUGAGGUGUACAGCAGUUUGGUGUCCACCCUGCUGCACCAGGCCCAGCACAUCAUCCAGCUGCAUAUGGCCAGGGAGGAAUGGAAGUGCCUGGGAGCAACAGGAGUCCCAUGUCCCCAGGCACUGAAAUUUUGCCCUGCACCCUAUCCCAUCGCUCCCAACAUUCAACUGUCAGAGGCAGCUCACCUUCUUUCCCUUGUGCACAGACUUUUGCACUCGGCUAUCAAUAGAUCAAUUCCCUGUUUAUCUCCUCCAGAGCCUCCAAGAGUUCAUGUCAUUCCAGCAGUGCUGUCAUUUGAGAGAUAUGUAAUGACUAUUCUGAUCUGCAACAAUGCAAAAAUUCAUCUCUCAAAUGCAUGUUUCUCCAGCCACUGGCAAAGCUGAGAUGGCACCUACAGCGUCACCUCCUACCAUAGCAUCAGCUCAGCCCCAGUACAGACACCAGCCACCUACAGCUGCCUUGUUUCACACUUGGCCCUGGCAGAGCCCAUCUCUGUGAGUGCUCAUCUUAAGGCACCAGGUAGGUGUCAGGGGAAAAGGGGCAAGUUCUUCAUCCUGCCUAGACCUCCUCACAUCUCAUCUAUACACCAGAGGGAUCAAAACCUCUGA